UCUUUAUUUUCACAGAUGGAAGAGCAGAAAAAACAGGCAAAAGUAAAUCUCACUGCCAUGACAGAAUUUGUUCUUUUGGGGUUUUCUGAUAUUCCCAACUCUCAAAUGUUACUUUUUGUCAUAUUUUUCUUUGUGUACUUGGCUAUUGUGUUCGGGAAUGGCAUCAUUGUUCUCAUAAUCAUCUUGGACCAGUCUCUUCAAACUCCCAUGUAUUUUUUCCUUGGUAAUUUCUCCUUUUUGGAAAUCUGCUAUGUCUCUGUCACUCUUCCAAGAAUGCUCAAAAAUCUUUGGACCCAGAGAAGAAGCAUUUCUUUAUUUGCCUGUGCAACACAGAUGAGUUUUGUCCUUACGCUAGGAAACGUGGAGUGCCUCCUUUUGACGGCAAUGGCGUAUGACCGCUAUGUUGCCAUCUGCAACCCUCUGCACUAUCCAAUGGUCAUGAACCAGAAGUUCUGUGUCCAGCUGGUGGCUGCCUGCUGGUUUACUGGUAUUACCACAGAGAUAGGUCAAACCAGCCAGAUUUUCUCUUUAUCAUUUUGUAAAUCCAACCAAAUCAAUCACUUCUUCUGUGACAUCCCUCCAAUGCUCAAGUUGGCCUGUGGGAACACAUUUAUGAACGAGAUGUUGGUCUUCACAGUUGCCGUGGUAUUUGUGAUGGUUCCUUUCCUGCUAAUCCUUGGAUCCUAUAGUAAAAUCAUCUCCACCAUCUUGAAGGUACCAUCUGCAACAGGACGUUCCAAAGCCUUCUCGACUUGCUUCUCUCAUAUCAUAGUUGUGGUUUUAUUUUUUGGAUCGGCAGCAAUCACUUAUUUAAGACCCAAAUCCAAAAAGUCCUCCAGAGCAGACAAGUUUUUUUCACUUUUCUAUACAAUAGUCACCCCAAUGUUUAAUCCCAUAAUAUAUACUCUAAGAAAUAAGGAUGUUACCAUGGCGUUGAAGAAAUUGCUGCCUUAA